AUGAGUGACGACGAGACCAGGUCCACCGAGUUCUCGGACGAAGAAGUUGGAGAAGAUGAUGAAGGUUAGUAAUUUAGCGUUUUUCGUUCGGGUUUAGGUGUGACAGGCUAGAAAAAAACUAAAGAAGACGCUUUACACUAUGAAAUGUCUAUUUUCAGCCACUAUGGCCGAGGAGGAGCUGAAUAAUGACGACGAUGACGCGGACGACGAACUUCGGAUGUUGAAUGAGGAGAACGAGAUGUCAGUGGAAGAAUUGAGGCGGAAGUACUAUGGGGAAGCAGCUGUUGCUGAAGUUCCGGCUGGCAAUGGACCAGCAGCAUCUAGCAGUGCUGCCGGAGAGCCAACUACCUUGUUUGGGGAGGAUGUUGAGGAGGAGGAAGAGGACGACGACUAUGUACCGAAAGCUCCGGAAUAUUGGAAGAAAGAGGUCCGAGUGGGACCUAAUUAUCAGGUAGGGUUUAUGAAAGCUUUAGAGGGAGUUUAAAUGGUGUUUUCCAUUAAAAUAUCGGCAUUAAAUAUCAGAUUAUAUUGUACAUGGUAAUCUUUGCGUUACAGGCGGAAUUCCCUUUGCCAGAAGUCAAACCGUCGUCUCCAAAGGAAGAAGUGGAGGUGCUAAAUGACUCAGAACCUCUGUGGAUUCCAGCGAAGUUGACCAAAAAAGAGCUGGAAGAUUUUCUGGUCAAGGUUUACGAGAAACUCCACGAACUCGAAGAUGCCGAAGUUGACACCACACCUCAAGCCAACCGCAAACCAAAAUAUGACGGGGUUACAGACGACGAGGAUGCCUUGUUUGCUCUCUACAAAGCUAAUUAUGACAUUCAAAAGGCCUUGAGUAAAUUGCCUUAUGAUCCCGCUAAUGGGCCAAGAGUAACAGCUCCGAAGAAGUGGCGGCCGAUGAGUAAGGAGGAUGCGGAUCGGUUCGAAGAGGCGUUCAGUGAAUAUGGAAAGAAUUUCUUCAAGAUUCAUAAGGAGAAGGUGAGAUUUUAAAAAGUUUUUGUUGAUUUUUAGGAAUUGACUAUGUUAUCCAUGAGUUGGAGAGAGAACGAUGAGAUCCAGAGACCUCUUUCUUAUCGAUUUCCUCAUUUCUCACCUUAUUUUAGAUGACGGAUCGAUCUGUCGGAGAACUUAUCAACUUCUACUACGUCUGGAAGAAAACUGAACGACAUGACAUGUACAUCGCAGCGCGAAGAGCUCUUGGCCAACUUGAGGGCCCAAAAGCCACCGAUCCCAUGGAAAUUCUGGUGGAUCAACAUCUCAAUGACUCAAAUGGAACUGUCCCAACUUCUGAACCCGAACCCGCAGCGCAUAAAACCUGGUUGGCCGUCCCGCAUGAACCAGCUCCUGAGCAGAAAUGA